AUGUCCCCCCCCAUGUCCCCCCUCAAUGUCCCCCCUCCCAUGUCCCCCCUUAAUGUCCCCCCCCCCGAAUGUCCCCCCCGUGGGGCGGGGGGGUCCCUCCCUCCCUCCCACCCGGGGCCCAACGCGCCGCCUCCAUCUUGUGCCGCCGCCGCCGCCGCCGCGACAUCACCCGGCCCCGGGACAGGCCCCGCCUCCGCCGGCUCCUUUAACACCCCCCGCGGCAGGACGGGGCCCCGUGACGUCACUCCCAGCCCAGCCAAUGAGCAUCCAGGAGGCCCGGCCGGCUGUGACCCCCCCCCGAGGACCCCCGGAGCAGCAACACCCAGUCCAUGAGGGCCCCGCGCACAGGUGGGGGGCACUGGGAGGAUGGAGGGGC